CUGAGGCAAGAAACGCGAUAGGGACUCACAUUUGUUCCCGAGAACAGACUAGGAUGGUCCCAAGGUUUCCAGGGUGCAAGGAGAAAAGCAGAAGAGCAAAGGCCCGUGCCAAAGGCCUGCCUCCCGCUUCAAGUUCGGCCGCCUCCUACCCCUCACACGACCGGGAGCGCGGAGACGGAUAUGAAGCGCCGGAAAAGGCUGGUUGGGGCGCACCCGGUCAUUUAAAUGGCGCCGACGAUCCUGGCGAGCCGCGGCCCCUCCCGCCGAGCAAGGACAUCAUUGGCUCGCCCUGGCGCCUUCGCUCUCCUAUUGGUCAGUGGGCAAACGUCAGCGUGCAGGCCGGAAACCAAAGUUUUCUUCCGGUUUCCGGUGCCUCCGCCAUGGCGGCUGUGGACUCUCUGUCGCUCUUCACCGGCCUCGGCCUGAGCGAGCACAAGGCUCGCGAGACGCUCAAGAACGCAGCUCUGAGCGCGCAGCUGCGCGAGGCUGCGACUCAGGCACAGCAGACUCUGGGCUCCACCAUCGACAAGGCUACAGGGACCCUGCUCUAUGGCUUGGCCUCCCGGCUCAGGGACCCCCGGCGUCUCUCUUUCCUCGUGAGCUACAUAGCCAAUAAGAAGAUCCACACGGAGUCGCAGCUGAGCGCUGCCCUUGAGUAUGUGAAAAGUCAUCCCUUGGACCCCAUCGACACCGUGGACUUUGAGCAGGAAUGUGGUGUGGGCAUCACGGUGACUCCGGAGCAGAUUGAGGAGGCUGUAGAGGUUGCCAUAAAUCGCCACCGGCCCCAGCUCUUAGUGGAGCGUUACCAUUUCAACAUGGGACUGCUGAUGGGAGAGGCUCGGGCCGUGCUCAAGUGGGCAGAUGGCAAAAUGAUCAAGCAUGAAGUGGACAUGCAGGUCCUCCACCUUCUGGGUCCCAAGACGGAGACUGAUCUGGAGAAGAAGCCUAAGGUAGCAAAGGCUCGGCUGGAAGAAAUAGACCGGAGGACAGCCAAGGAUGUGGUGGAGAAUGGUGAGGUUGCUGGCCAGACCCUGUCUCUGAUGGAGCAGCUCCGAGGGGAGGCGCUUAAGUUCCACAAGCCUGGUGAGAACUACAAGACCCCAGGCUAUGUGACCACUCCACAUACAAUGGAUCUACUGAAGCAGCACUUGGAGAUCACUGGGGGACAGGUACGUACCCGGUUCCCGCCAGAGCCCAAUGGAAUCCUGCAUAUUGGACAUGCCAAAGCCAUCAAUUUCAACUUUGGCUAUGCCAAGGCCAACAAUGGGAUUUGUUUUCUGCGCUUUGACGACACCAACCCUGAGAAGGAGGAAGCAAAGUUCUUCACUGCCAUUUGUGACAUGGUGGCCUGGCUGGGUUACACACCUUACAAGGUGACAUAUGCCUCUGACUAUUUUGACCAGCUGUAUGCCUGGGCUAUCGAGCUCAUCCACAGGGGCCAGGCCUAUGUGUGCCACCAGCGAGGAGAGGAGCUCAAAGGCCACAACCCUCUGCCCUCUCCCUGGAGAGAUCGUCCCGUAGAGGAGUCACUGCUGCUCUUCGAGGCAAUGCGUAAGGGCAAGUUUGCGGAGGGUGAGGCCACACUGCGGAUGAAGCUGGUGAUGGAGGAUGGCAAGAUGGACCCUGUGGCCUAUCGAGUCAAGUAUACACCACACCACCGCACAGGAGAUACCUGGUGCAUCUACCCCACCUAUGACUACACACACUGCCUCUGUGACUCCAUCGAGCACAUCACCCACUCACUCUGCACCAAGGAAUUCCAGGCCCGACGCUCUUCCUAUUUCUGGCUGUGCAAUGCGCUGGAUGUUUAUUGUCCUGUGCAGUGGGAGUAUGGCCGCCUCAACCUGCACUAUGCAGUUGUCUCUAAGAGGAAGAUUCUCCAGCUUGUGGCAGCCGGUGCUGUGCGGGACUGGGAUGACCCACGGCUCUUCACACUCACAGCCCUACGACGGCGGGGCUUCCCACCUGAGGCAAUCAACAACUUCUGUGCUCGGGUGGGGGUGACAGUUGCACAGACGACAAUGGAGCCACAUCUGCUAGAAGCCUGUGUGCGUGAUGUAUUGAAUGACACAGCCCCACGGGCCAUGGCUGUGCUGGAACCAUUACAGGUCAUCAUCACCAACUUUCCUGCUGCCAAGACCUUGGACAUCCAGGUGCCCAACUUCCCAGCUGAUGAGACCAAGGGCUUCCAUCAGGUUCCCUUUGGAUCCAUUGUCUUCAUCGAGAGGACUGACUUCAAGGAGGAACCAGAACCCGGUUAUAAGCGCCUGGCAUGGGGCCAGUCUGUGGGCCUGAGGCAUACAGGCUACGUCAUCGAGCUGCAGCGAGUCGUAAAGGGCCCCAGUGGCUGUGUAGAAAGCCUGGAGGUGACCUGCAGAAGGGCAGAUGCUGGAGAAAAGCCCAAGGCCUUUAUUCACUGGGUUUCACAGCCCCUGACCUGUGAGAUUCGCCUCUACGAGCGACUAUUUCAGCACAAGAACCCUGAGGAUCCUGCUGAGGUGCCUGGUGGAUUCUUAAGUGACCUGAACCCGGUAUCACUGCAAGUGGUGGAGGCGUUAGUGGAUUGUUCUGUGGCCCUGGCAAAGCCCUUUGACAAGUUCCAGUUUGAGCGGCUUGGCUACUUCUCCGUGGAUCCAGACAGCCACCAGGGACAGCUUGUCUUCAACCGGACUGUCACACUGAAGGAGGACCCAGGAAAGGUGUGAGCUGGAAGCCCCAUCAACUUACUUCAUCCUUCUGGAGGCUAGGGGUACCCAGACUCCAUGUCAAUAAAGAACAGCUAAAUAUCCCCU